GCUGCUUUCCCCGCAUUUCCGGCCUGCUGAGCAGUGAAAUGGUAGCUGGCAGGAGUGAGGAGGUUUUCUGUCCACGGCGCCCUUGAACUUCUGUGUCCCAGCCUGGAGACACCGAUGGUGCCGUAGCCGAGCUGAGCUUUUACAGGUUCUAUAAGUUCGGGAGGAGGGGAAGAAGAGCGAAUACCGAGAGCGGACUGACAGCCGACAUCCCGGCGGCGGCUGGUGCUGAGCAUGGCGAUGGAGGGCUCCAAGUCCUCCAGCUCCACCAUGCAGGUGAGCUUUGUGUGUCAGCGCUGCAGCCAGCCUCUCAAACUGGACACGUCAUUCAACGUGCUGGAUCGAGUGACCAUCCAGGAACUCAUAGCUCCAUUGGUGACAGUGGCACAGGGAAACCAGGUGGAGAGCAAUGAGGAGAGCACAACGGAGGAAACUUUUGUGGAAAACAAACAAGACGGAGUGGCAAGAAAGUACAUCCCUCCAGCACGGAUGAUGUCCACAGAAAGCGCCAAUAGCUUCACUCUGAUCGGAGAGGCGUCUGAUGGAGGCACCAUGGAGAACCUGAGUCGCAGGCUGAAGGUGACGAGCGACCUCUUUGACAUCAUGUCAGGGCAGACGGACGUGGACCACCCUCUGUGCGAAGAGUGCACGGACACUCUGCUGGACCACCUUGACACUCAGCUCAACAUCACUGAGAAUGAGUGCCAAAAUUAUAAGAGCUGCCUGGAGCUGCUCUCCCAGCUGCGUGAGGAGGAGGAGGACACCCUGCUGGCAGAGCUGCAGCAACUGAAGGAGGAGGAGGAGUCACUGAUCCAGCAGCUGGAGGCCAUCGAGGAGCAGAGGGAGGCCGUGGCCGUCGACCUCGCUCAGUGCCGCAAGCACACGCAGCAGCUUGACAGGGAGGAGCUCCAGUACCAGAAGGAGUACAGCGAGUUCAAACGGCAGCAGCUGGAGCUCGACGACGAGCUGAAGAGCGCCGACAACCAGAUGCGCUACGCCCAGAUCCAGCUGGACCGGCUCAAAAAAACCAAUGUUUUCAAUGCCACCUUCCACAUCUGGCACAGCGGCCAGUUUGGGACGAUCAACAACUUCCGCCUGGGCCGCCUGCCCAGUGUGCCGGUCGAGUGGCACGAGAUCAACGCGGCAUGGGGUCAGACGGUGCUGCUGCUGCACGCGCUCGCCAACAAGAUGGGGCUGCGCUUCCAGAGGUACCGCCUCGUUCCAUAUGGAAACCACUCGUACCUGGAGUCUCUGACGGACAAGUCCAAGCUCUUUCUCGCUGUCAAGGAGAUGCCGCUCUACUGCUCCGGAGGCCUACGCUUCUUCUGGGACAACAAGUUCGACCACGCUAUGGUGGCCUUCCUCGACUGCGUGCAGCAGUUCAAGGAGGAGGUGGAGAAGGGUGACACGGGCUUCUGCCUGCCAUACAGGAUGGAUGUGGAGAAGGGCAAGAUCGAGGACACGGGGGGCAGUGGUGGCUCGUACUCAAUCAAGACACAGUUCAACUCGGAGGAGCAGUGGACCAAAGCGCUCAAGUUCAUGCUGACCAACCUCAAGUGGGGUCUCGCCUGGGUCUCCUCCCAGUUCUAUAAUAAGUGAGCUCAGCAACGGUCCAGUGGGCUCUGGGACGGUCAACACAACCAUGCUUCGCUAGAUCGGCACUGGCCCUUUGUCUGCAAUCGUUUGUGGAUCUUAGACCCUCACUUAGCCCUUUGUACUUAGGAUGAUGGUGUGAUACCAUGUUCUGUGAGCUCUCAUUUGUAUAUAAUAGUUUUCGAUCAUUAUCAGUCUUUUACUAACACUUUUGCAAGCAGCAACCUAAUGUAAAAAUAAUUUGAGUUCAGGAUCUCAUGCUGGUUGUUCUUGAGAAUUGCUCUAACUAAGGUAGAAUUUACUGUCCUUAGUUCCACAUUAAACUUUAUCAGCUCUUGUGGGUGAGGGCAGUGUAACUUAUGGUCAUAUACAUGCAGUAUGAACAUUACCUUUCCUCCUACAGUAAUGUACCACACUUCUGCAUGGUGAUGUGCAUCUGCGUAUGCGUGGAGGUAACGGGUGAGCGGGCCACACGUUCCCAGCUCAAGUUAAGAUGCCCUUGUGCUGCUGUUGUACCUUGGACAGGGUACCUAGCACCAACAUCCCCAGGGAGGUAGCUGUAUACAUGGAUUAAAUACAGUAAACUUGAGUAGAAACAUCAGCUCAGUAACAGUAUUGAGGGUAUUUCUUGUUCGCUCCUCAGGACUCUGCAGCAAAGGGUUACCACGGUACCCCAUUGGACCUACACUUGUUUUAGUCUCAUUUGUACCAUAGAACAUGUUGCAGUUGUCACUGCUAUACAUAAGAGUACCUUUUUAGUUUUCAACUGAUACAGUUUCAUCUGGAAACAACUGCUGGUGUAGUGGUUGGACCCACAGAACCGCUUCUGGGGGCUGGGCCUCCCCCCCCGGUCCUGCCUUUCUGGGGCCUGAAUGGCUGCAACUUCUACACCCAGAGUUUUCCUGGCUCUUCACUAUGGUGACUGUGAGUGCAGCGUAAAGUGGGGUCUAACAGUACUGCAUUAACAGGUACAGUCAUAGGACAUUUUGACCAAAUCCAGAACAGCAGGGAGGGUGAGCUGAGUGUUGGAUGGGCUCUUUGUGACAGUGAAGUGCAGAGAUGGGGGGGAAGACACCUUUAGGGUCCUGUGUGCGGUCAUGACUUCCUCGAUGCCCUCGGCACCUGUGCGGCGGGU